AUGUACAAGACAUCCAAUAUGAAGAAAUCAGAACAAACUCACCAAUUUAUUUUAAUGGAUUUCGAAUUUACAAAUAUCUACAAAACCAGUAUUGUUUUAAUAUCCGGUGCAAUUUCAAAUAGCUUUUGUCAUUCUAAGACUGUUAAAUUGGAGGGAAAACCUCUUUUACUACCCGUAAAUCAGAAUGUUAGACAACUGAGUAAUCGAGAAAUAAGGAAAGCAAUUUCAGUCAUAAAGAUGUAUUUAAAACAAGAGUUACAAAUUGCAGUGUUAAGGCAAUUGCAUAACAGCAUAAACACCAGAACAAAUAAUUUAAAUGCUGAAUUCAUUAAACGUUAUCUAGCAUAUAACAAAAAAAUAACAAUAAUCGUAUUAUGGAACGGUUCUACAGAUAUGGCUAUUUUAAAGAGAUUAAAAAUUAAUAACUAUAAUCUAUUAAAUAUGACAUGUUUUGAUGUAUCAAAUGAUCAACAUUUUUAUAUACAAUUAAUUAACAUGAUAAAUAUGAAGAUCAUAUACCAAUACAGUUUAGGAAUGUAUAAUAAGCAAGGACGGAUGUUAAGUCUAGUUGAAACACAUUCAUUGAUAUGUUCAAAACAACACGAAGGAAUGUACCCCCACGAUCCUUGCUACGACCUAGAAUUAACGAAAUGUAUUUUUAACAAAAUGGUUAAACAAUUUCAGUAUAAGAAUCUAGUUAAACAUUUUUAA